CUGAUUAAAGAUAAUGUAUUAACUUUUGACUUUAGUUUUUGACAUAUUUGUUGAAAAUAAUGUUUUUGCUUUUGGAUUGUUAUGCUGUGUUCUAAUUUUUACUCUAGUUUGCCUUGUCUUUGCACUGUUUUGAAUUGAUGUUAUUGCUUUUGCUUUCUGACCUUGUGCUAUUUUUGCCUUGUCGUGUCAUUUUCAGUCUGCCGUCUUUUUUUUUUUUUUUUUUUUUUUUUUACAUUUCUUGUGUUUGCACUGCUGUUACAUUGUCUUUGCAGUACAUUUACCCAGCCUUUUUAACUAUUUUCAACUUCUUUUUGCCUCAUUUUCACCUGGUCCUUGCACUAUUUUCAACUUCUUUUUGCAUCACUUUUACCUGGUCUUUACACAGUUUUUACAAUUUUCUUCAUCAGUAUCUUUGUAUUGUCAUUGCACAGUUUGAAUAGACUUUUGCACUUUUUCUUAUGUUGUCUAUGGCAUUUUUUUUUUAAAUUAUUUUGUCUUGUCAUAGCACCAUUUCACCUAGUGCACAAUUUGGAUUGAACAAUUCUUGCCUUAUAACAGUCAACAAAAAUAUGUGCACAAAUUAAAAUAAAUAAAUAAAUAAAAAUAGUAAUCAUCCCGUGUACUUGUACUGAUACAGAUGAACCGUGGCAUUGGGCAGCUCUAUUUCUAGUUAGCAACGGCCUUAACAGUAGCGCCAGUAACUCCAGUCAGCAUCCAGUCCUCUGUGGCGUAACCUUUGACCCUUGCCUCCAUCUCUCUGACUCUCUGUUUACCUCCAUCUUAUUUGCAUAGCUGCUCGACCGGAGCGCGCUCUCGCCCCUGCGCGCCCCCGCCCUCACUCCGUCUCUCACUCAACUGCCUCGCGCUCGAGCCUCGCUCAAGAGUGACUCGUCGGCGUGAACUUCUCUAACGUCUGCCCUUUGGUGAGAAAAGAAGUUUUUUAUGUAUUCUUUUUUUUUUUUUUUUUUGGCUGCUUUGUGGACCUUAAACGCGACCGUGAGCCUCUCUCUGACAGCAAUAAAGAGAUGACGGAGGGGAGAAGCGAUAAAUACGCACAGGGAAGCGGUGACAAACGUCAAAAGUGACAGUGAGUUUGGACGUUGACACUGAUAAACAAUGAGGGAGCCUCCUCUUCUUCCUGCUGUGGAUCUAUGGUCUUCCAACGAGGUUACGCCGCGGUUUGAUUGCAGAUCUUUGGGACCUUAACAGUGUGAAGGCAGAAAGAACCAUCUCACAGUACUGAAAUCACAGGCGCUGGACUCUUCCUGGAUUAGUAUCACCGUUGCCGGACACUUUGAAGAUCUCGGAGGACGCCUGACAAGGAAAACUAUUAAAGUUUACUUUUCACGCUGACAGACAGCUGAAGGAAACGAAGGGACAAAUUCAUAGACUGUGAAAGGUCACCAUGCCGGGCGAGGCCCAGCAUUUUCAGGACAAGGGGAUUGCUGGGGAAGAAGGACCAAAGGUGAACUUAAUGCCGGACACUAUUCUCGCCCCCGGUGAAGGAGAGGGCAAACACUCUGGAGGUAAUGUCUUGGAGCUUCAUGACUUAAGUCCCUUAAAACACUCUGAGGAGUCAGGACGCAGUGUUUCCGACAUUCCCGUAGUGGUCGGUGUGGCAAAAACAGCGCAGGCCCCUGAACCUUCCAAGGCCAAUCAUUUGCUGAAGGGAACAUGCGUUAGCUCGCAGAAUACGGACCACGAUGUCCCCGUCGGCUCGUCCACUGAUAAGCUACAAAAUGGCAGCAGGACUUUAUCGCAAAUGAGCAGUGAUUCGGACUAUGGCAGCUCAAAAUCCAUCCCGGGUUACGCUCACAGUAACGCCAGCACCAGCACCUUUGAUCAAGAGUUAUCUGAGCUCGAUGUGAACUCACUGGAAAAGUUGAGCCCCAUUUCUCCUGUCACUCAAUCCGGAUCUACCUUACGCACCCAGAAGAGUCCAAAUCAUGACGGGGGUGAUUCCAGAGCAAUCCCUCACCCUUCACUCGAAGUCAGCCGAGCUAGGAACGUCGUGGAUGUCAGGUGGGAUGGCGAGGACGUGGCGGAUGACAGGAAGAGCACGCGGUCCAGGAAGAGUGUGAAAGAGGGGGUGUGCUGCUGCUACCAGGCCUUCCGCCGGGCUUUUCUUCAGUGUGUGGAGGAGACUCCGGCCAUGCUGUCCGGACUGGUGCUGUCUUUGCUCUUCUGUGUGGCCAUCAUCACCCUCAUUACAACAACUGGAAGGAACAUCACCGUCCAUGUUGGUGCCCUGUCGGUGGUUUGCGUGGUCCUCUGUCUGAACGCUGUCCUGCUCGUAUGCCUGCCCUGGCUGGCCACGGUGAGGCGCUGCGGAGGAGCGCUGGCCCUCUCCGUCUGGGGGACGCUGUACAUCAUCGCCUUCGUCUUCAUCUUCACCGGAGGGCCUGUCACAACGUGGGAACAGGUCGCGUUUUUCCUCUUCCUCUCUCUGAGUGUGUACACCGUGCUGCCUCUCUCUCUGUCCUGGGCCCUCAUAGUCGGGAUAGGAACCAGCCUUUCACACAUCAUCAUUAUCAGCGUCUACGUGCCCGUCACCAGGCCGGACACACCGGAUCUAGCCGUGCAGCUGGUGGCCAAUGCCGUGCUCUUCGUUUGCGUGAACUCAUUCGGGGUUUUUCACCUGUGGACGACUGAGCACGACCUCAGGCUGUCCAACAGGAAGAGAGAGAUGUUCAGUGCCAUUCGCUCCAAGAAGGAGAUAAGGAAAUAUCAGCAGGAGCAGCUCUUGUUGUCGGUGUUGCCACGGUACAUUGCGGUGGAGCUGAAGACGGAGGUGAUAAAGAGGUUGUCCAAGCCCGAGAGCGAGAAGGAGAAUGAGUCGAAAUUCCACAACUUUCACAGCCUUUACAUACGGCAGCACAAAGACGUCAGCAUCCUGUACGCAGACAUCGUGGGCUUCACAAAGCUGGCGAGCACAUGCUCCCCAGAGGAGCUGGUCGCCGUGCUCAACAAGCUUUUUGGCAAGUUCGACGACAUUGCCAAGGACAACGGCUGCCUUCGCAUUAAGAUCCUGGGCGACUGCUACUACUGCGUGUCUGGUCUACCUGAUCCCAUCCCCAACCACGCCAAGAACUGCGUUCAGAUGGGCUUAGACAUGUGCAGCGCCAUCAGGGAUCUGCGGAAGGCGACCAGGGUUGAGAUCAAUAUGCGAGUCGGCGUUCACACCGGCAACGUGCUCUCUGGCGUGAUCGGCUUGCAGAAGUGGCAGUACGACGUGUGGUCACAUGACGUCACUUUAGCCAAUCACAUGGAGUCUGGCGGUCUUCCAGGGCGAGUUCAUAUCACAGAGGAGACGCUGCAACACUUGGAUGGAGAAUACCAAGUGGAAGAGGGGGACGGGGCGAGUAGGGAUCCUCUUCUUAAAGGAAGAAAAACAUACCUGGUGAUUGACCCCCAAAAGAAAGACAGGAUUUCCAACCAACUUAGACUGGCACCAGGAGAGAGGAGGCAGAGGGCGUCGGUCCGCAUGUCUCUUUACCUCCAGUCUUGGGAAACCAUCAACCCCUUCGCAGGCCUGAACAACCCUGACGCCACGCCCUCCAAGAACAGAGUCGUCCCCACCAAUGUUGCCACGAACCACACGUCACAGGCGCCUGCUGAAAGACUAACUUGCCAGGACAACCCCAACUGUUUGGUUGUUGAUAACGGUGUUAGAGGAUCACUGGACACACUGGACACCUCGGUGAGAAGAGCAAAGAGGCUCAACUGUUUGACUCUGCUGUUCAACGACCUCAGCUUAGAGAGACAGUUCCGCCUUUCUGAAGUGCACGGUUUGCACCACUCAGUGAGCUUCAUCGCUUACAUCUUCGUCACUCUCUUCACCGUCCAGAUGCUGGUCUCUGAAAAGAACUUUGCGUUGGCUGUGUCCUACAGUGCCACCUUCCCAGUGAUGGUGCUGCUUCUGUCCAUUUCUUUCACUGGAUACCUGGAGAAAUGGCGCUCCAAGAUGCCUCUGAGUGUCCAGUGGAUAUCCGGCCUGUCCCGCGGCCUCUCCACCAGGGCGGCGCUACGCCUGUUUGUGGUCACCCUCUGUGUGCUCCUCACCCUGCUCAUGGCCAUCUUAAACAUUGUCUUCCUCCCAGGCACAAACUGCACCUCCUCACUCACCAACAGGACAGAGUUAGAGGGUCUCAGACUCUACACUGUGCCUUACUACCUGUACUGCUGCCUGGUGGCCAUGCUGGGAGUGAUCGUGUUCAUCAGGACCAGCUUGUCUGUGAAGGGGCUGUUGCUCACCCUGGCUGUGGUGGUCUACCUCGCCCUCUUCCUCCACGUUUACGCUCCCAGGUCCGAGUGCCUGGUUGCCCUCCUCUACAACGGCACCAAGCCUGGUGUGCUGAAGGACCCUCAAAUCAUGUCUGGAGUUUGGCUCGUCAUUUUUUACAUUGUGUGCCUCAUACUUGCCAGACAGGAUGAGCUGGGCUGCCGUGUAGAUUUCCUGCUAGAGCGUUGCUUCCAGACAGAAAGAGACGAGAUGGAGACCAUGGAGAACGUGAACAAGCUGCUCCUUCAGAAUGUCCUGCCGCUCCAUGUCGCCGCCUUGUUCAUCGGAAAAACAGUUGGCAACCAAGACUUGUACAGUCAGUCAUGCGACUGUGUGUGUGUGAUGUUCGCAUCCGUGCCCCAGUUCAAAGAGUUUUACAGCGAGAGCAGCGCCAACAGGGACGGCCUGGAGUGUUUGCGCUUCCUCAACGAAAUCAUUUCAGACUUCGAUGAGCUUCUGUCAAAGCCUAAAUUCUCCUCAGUGGAGAAGAUUAAGACCAUCGGCAGCACAUACAUGGCCGCUGCAGGGCUGACACAGUCACCUGUUGAUGAAACAAAGAAAGUAGAGAUGUCCUACAGCCAUGUUCGCUCCAUGGUGGAGUUUGCCAUCGCUCUGAUGGCCAAACUGGAGCUCAUCAACACACACUCCUUCAACAGCUUCAAACUCAGGAUCGGGAUCAACCACGGCCCGGUGAUUGCAGGUGUUAUCGGAGCCCAUAAACCUCAGUAUGAUAUCUGGGGGAACUCUGUUAAUGUGGCCAGCAGGAUGGACAGCACAGGUGUGCUGGACAAGAUACAGGUGACGGAGGAGACGGCCCAGAUGGUCCAGAGUGUGGGGUACAACGUCACUGUCAGAGGAGUAGUUUAUGUGAAGGGCAAAGGAGAACUCACGACCUACUUCAUUAAUACGGAUCAAUCGUCUCCUCAGUUCUAAUGGAGAUGUCCUCUGCAGGCCUGGGCUUGUCGCGAUGAAGCUAAACUGACACUACAUGACUCAUUCUGGUUUCCCCCUCAAAGAGAGAACACAAUCAGUGGCGAGGACUUUAAAUAGAACGUAACUGUAUGUUCAAGCGGGCCUGCAGUCAUUACGGACGCCUGCACUGACUCAGUGCCGAAACAGAGAUAGGACACCUGUUAAUCAUUCACGUCUGGGAAACACUUCCUUUUGUCUUUGGAUUGAGACACUAAAUAAAAUCCUGACUGGCAGCUGGAUGCAUGGACUCAUAUAAAGGGCCGACCAUGUCGUGUUUCAUAUCACUGGGUUAUUUGGAAAAUAUCUAAUCUGAAAUGUGCUGUUUUGGUACACUUAGUAUGGCUAAUCAAAUGUAAUGGCCAGUUACUAAACAAUGCUGACAUGGAUUGUUUUAUUUUGUAAGAAAUACAGAACCAAAGAUUAUUUUUAUGAAUGAUAAUACAGACGUAGAUUCUUAAAUAAGAAAUAUGACAAUCAUUUUCUUAUUUAUAGGAUUUUGUUUUAGGUUAUUUCUGUUUUGCUUUUUGUUGUUUUUUCGCCCUGAGUCGCAAAAAAACAAUGUAACUGUUUUAACUCAGCCUUGUCAUUAUGGAUUGUAUUUAUACACAAUAUUCAAUGUCUUUGUUAUUUUGACUUGUCAUUGAAGGAAACGCACAGUUGUUGAUUCUACCACUGAAUAACAGUGGGAUAAGAAAAUUCAAAUGUGUUUAAAGAUGCACAGCGUUGUAAAAGGCAAUUUAUUUUACUUCUGCUUUUAUCUGGAAUUUUUUUUUUUUAAGUUUACACGACUCUGCCUCAUAAAUAUUACUCAAACAAAAUAACCUGAAAAGGGAAGAUCACACUUUGUACAAACUUCCCACAGCUCACUAUAUGAUGAGUAAAAUCACUCACUGCUGGAGCCAGAGACAUUUACAGCAACUGUGUUGAUACGAAGAUGAACUUCUUUAUCCGCUAUGGCCCAAAACUGACAUUAAUCAUGUAAUGUCUCUCCAUAUAUGUAUAAUGAAGGCGGGAAAAGUUAUGAUGCACAUUUGACAUUGCACUUUCUAAUUGUUGUUUUUGUGUUUUUGAAGGAACUUCUCCAUUACAGUACAAUUUUGGUUGUGUACAGAAUGUUUCUGUUGUGAAUGAUGUGCGACGACUAUGAAGAUGAAGUGUGAAUGGAAAAAGAGGCUGACUGUAGUCACUACAUGGAAAUAUUUUUCUAUUCUAUUUAUAAUGUGAUAAUAAUAAUUAAAAAAAAAAAAAAACUUC